AUGCUCAUCUCCAAGACCGUGCUCAGCGGGCUUGCCCUGGGAGCGUCCUUCGUGGGCGUUUCUGGUCAGCAGAACUCCACCCGUUGGCCGUUGCACGACAACGGUUUGACAGACCUUGUAGAAUGGGAUCACUAUAGUUUUCUGAUUAAUGGUCAAAGACACUUCGUUUUCUCUGGAGAGGUUUUUCCAUUACUGGCGUAUUCCUGUCCCCAAGGCCGGCGUCUCGACUUCGAGAACGGAGCUCACAACUUCACCGCGAUCAUGACUCUAGCCAAAGAGAUAGGUCUCUACAUGAUCAUCCGGCCGGGUCCGUACGUCAAUGCGGAAGCCAAUGCUGGCGGUCUCCCUCUGUGGACAACUACUGGUGCCUACGGGAAGCUACGCGAUAACGACCCUCGGUACUUGGAGGCUUUGACCCCGUACUGGGCUAACAUUUCCAAGAUCAUCGCCCCUCAUCUCAUCACUAAUGGCGGCAAUGUCAUCCUGUAUCAGAUCGAAAAUGAGUACGCCGAACAGUGGCUUGACGAGGAGACUCAGGAGCCCAACGUCUCUGGCCAGGAAUACAUGCAGUAUUUGGAGGACGUUGCUCGGGAAAACGGCAUCGAUGCUCCUCUGAUCCAUAAUCUUCCGAAUAUGAACGGUCACUCAUGGUCCAAGGACCUCUCCAACGCUACCGGGAAUGUCGAUGUCAUUGGCGUGGACAGCUAUCCUACUUGCUGGACCUGCAAUGUCAGUGAGUGCGCCUCAACCAACGGAGAGUAUAUCCCAUAUAAAACCUUGAUCUACUACGACUACUUCAAGAAACUGUCACCCACCCAGCCAAGCUUCAUGCCCGAGUUCCAAGGCGGCUCCUACAACCCAUGGGGUGGACCUCAAGGAGGCUGCCCGGAUGACCUUGGCCCGGACUUCGCGAACCUCUUCUACCGAAACCUGAUCUACCAGAGAGUCAGUGCUAUCUCGCUGUACAUGAUGUACGGCGGUACAAACUGGGGCUGGCACGCCUCAACCGAUGUCGCGACGAGCUACGACUACUCUUCUCCGAUUUCAGAGAACCGGAAACUUAUCGAAAAAUACUAUGAGACGAAAGUACUUACUCAAUUCACGAAAAUGGCCCAGGAUCUGACUAAAGUCGAUCGUCUCGGCAACAGCACGAGAUACUCGAGUAACCCAGCUGUUUCGGUUUCUGAGCUACGGAACCCUGACACUGGCGCGGCUUUCUACGUAACCCAGCACGAGUACACCCCAUCCGGAACGGUCGAGAAGUUCACAGUUAAGGUUAACACAUCUGAGGGUGCUCUCACUAUUCCUCAAUACGGCUCCCAGGUCACUCUCAACGGCCACCAAUCCAAGAUCCUCGUCACGGACUUCAGGUUCGGCUCGAAGACGCUCCUUUACUCCACGGCAGAAGUUCUUACCUAUGCUCUCAUCGAUGGUAAAGAAGUGCUGGCUCUCUGGGUCCCUACUGGUGAAUCGGGAGAAUUCAGCGUCAAGGGAGUGAACUCGGCCAAGUUCACCGACAAGGGACGCACUGCAAACAUCGAGAUUCACCCCGGGGCAAACAAUGUGACAGUCUCUUUCAUGCAGAGAGCAGGUAUGAGCGUGGUUGAGCUUGGCGAUGGAACUCGCAUUGUUCUUCUCGACCGGUCUGCUGCCCAUGUAUUCUGGUCUCCUCCGCUCAGCAAUGACCCUGCCGAGGCCGGCAACAACACUGUCCUCGUCCAUGGUCCCUACUUGGUUCGCUCGGCUAGACUGGAAGGCUGUGACUUGGAACUCGCUGGAGAUAUUCAGAAUGCUACAAAGGUCAGCAUCUUUGCGCCCAAGUCAGUAUGCUCCGUCAAUUGGAAUGGCAAGAAGACCCACUUCAAGCCGACGAAGAGUGGUGUUAUCACCACAACCCUGGGAGGCGGAGCGAAGUUCGAACUUCCCCAGAUCUCCGGCUGGAAGUAUGCGGACAGUCUCCCUGAAAUCGCAAAGGACUAUUCCGCCACAAGCAAAGCUUGGGUUGUGGCUACAAAGACGAAUUCGUCGAAUCCUGCUCCCCCGGCACCGAACAACCCCGUCCUCUACGUGGACGAGAAUGGCAUCCACGUCGGCAACCACAUCUACCGCGCCACGUUCCCCAGCACCAACGAGCCACCAACCGACGUCUACCUCAACAUCACCGGAGGCCGCGCAUUUGGCUACUCAGUCUGGCUGAACUCCGAAUUCAUCGGCUCCUGGCUCGGCGCCGCGACAGCUGAGCAGAACGACCAGACAUUCUCGUUCUCCAACGCAACCCUCAGCACCGACGGCGACAACACGCUAGUCGUCGUCAUGGACAACUCCGCCCACGACCUACGCGAAGGAGCCAUCAACCCCCGGGGUAUUACAAACGCCACGCUGGUCGGACCCGGAAGCUACUCCUUCAGCGAAUGGAAACUGGCCGGCAACGCCGGCUUCGAAGACCACCUGGAUCCGGUGCGCGCCCCGCUCAACGAGGGCAGUCUGUACGCCGAGCGAGUCGGCAUGCAUCUCCCGGGCUAUGAGUUCGACGAGGCCGAGGAGCUGCCUUCUAACAGCACCAGCCUCACCGUCCCGGGCGCAGGUAUCCGCGUCUUCCGCACCGUUGUUCCCCUCUCCGUGCCCUCGGGACUGGACGUCUCGAUCUCGUUCCGUCUGACGGCACCCUCAAACGUGACCUUCGCCUCUGCCGAUGGAUAUACCAACCAGCUGCGCGCUCUGCUCUUCGUCAACGGAUACCAGUAUGGUCGUUUCAACCCGUACAUCGGCCACCAGAUUGACUUCCCUGUCCCUCCCGGUGUCCUGGAUUACAACGGGGAUAACACCAUUGCGGUGACGGUGUGGAGUCAGAGUGUGGAUGGUGCCGAGAUGAAGAUCGAUUGGAAUGUGGACUAUGUCCAUGAGACCAGCUUUGACAUGAACUUUGACGGAGCGUACCUGAGACCUGGGUGGAUCGAGGAGAGACGCGAAUAUGCUUGA